UUAAACUCCACUUCUUUUCUAGUUCUCACACUCAAAUUUGGCCUCUCUCUCUCUCAGUCUCUCUAGUCUCUCGACUUUUUGCAGUGGUACUCUCAAUCUCUCUCUCUUGUCUUGCGGACGCCCCUUGUCUCGGUCUCGCCAACGCCGUCUCAUCUCCAUCUCUCGCCAUCUUGGGGGUUGUGGGCUUUGCUUUUGUUGGUCGACCGUCAGUUAGCCCAUUAUUAGCCAGGUUUUGAGAAGCCUAUAGCCUCGGAACGACCGUACUGGUAUCUUCUGAUCCAUAGAGAGACAAAGAAAAAGGAACACCGAGAACAAAAAUGGCAGAAGCUGUCAUUUUUAGCAUUGCGGAAGAGAUCGUUGCUAGUCUAGCUCCUCAAGCAAUAGAAAAUAUUGGAAAGUUAUGGGGCGACAAGCAUGAACUCGAGGCACUUAGGGAAACAGUCUCCACGCUUCAAGCUGUACUGGAUGAUGCAGAGGAGCAAUACCACCAAAGUCGCGAAAUCAAAGAUUGGGUUGAUAGACUGAAGGGCGCUUUUUAUGACGCACUGGACGUGUUUGAAGAAUACAAUGUAGAAGCUACGCGACAAGGACUGAGAGGCGACAAUAAAAUGUUCGAGGAGGUAAGGAAAUUUUUCUCUGGUUCAAACCAGGUUGCUUUUAUAUUGAAGAUGAGUAACAAAGUAAGAGCAGUGAAGAAAAGAAUAGAAACCAUUGAGGCUAACAGGAAAUUCCAAUUGAACACACUCCCCAAGAGAGAGUGGAGGAAGAGAAAAGAGACACAUUCCUUUGCAUGUGAGGGGGAUAUUAUAGGGAGAGAUGAUGAUAAGGAGACUGUUAAGAAAUUUUUAUUGAAUUCAGAUGUGAAAGGGAAUGUUUCCAUCCUUCCAAUAGUUGGUAUUGGUGGGCUUGGAAAAACAACUCUUGCUCAACUUGUAUAUAAUGAUGAGAUGGUCAAUGAACAUUUUGAAUUGAAAUUGUGGGUAUGUGUCUCUAAUGUCUUUGACAUGGAAGAAAUAGUGAAAAAUAUCUUAGCUCGUGUGACGAAGGAGGUAUUGAAUCAUGAUACGUUGGAACAAUUACGAAAUAAAUUGAGGGGAAGGAGAUAUCUUUUAGUUUUAGAUGAUUAUUGGGUUGCAGAACGAGAAACAUGGGUCAAUUUGAAACAAUUAUUGGUGGAAGGUGCUAGAGGAAGCAAGAUCCUUAUAACUACGCGUCUUCCUUCAGUUGCGGAUAUCACCUGCACUACUACACCUCAUCUUCUCAGGGAAUUAUCUGAAAUGGAGUCUGUCGAUUUAUUAAUGCAAAUGGCUUCAAAAGGAGAGGAGAAACAAGAUUCUAACUUGCGACCUAUUGGCGAAGAGAUAGCUAGAAAGUGCUAUGGUGUUCCAUCGGUUAUUCGAACUGUUGGAAGCUCACUAUUUUUUAGGAAAACAAAAGACGAGUGGUUACAUUUCAAAAAUUAUAAGCUCCUAGAAGAAGCUCGAAGUGAAGAAAAAAUAAUGCCAGGGAAUGAGUGUUGUGUGGUAGGGAAUGCCACAAAAUCUAUAGAUGCAAGAACUCGUCAUAUAUCUGUGGGUGACCUUCCCCUUCCAUUCCCAUGCUUGGAAGCAAGUUGCUUGAGAACAUUAAUUCUUUUGAAGGGAAGAAUGAUAAGUGAAGAAGAUUUACACCCACUCAUGCAAAGUUUCAAAAAGUUGCACGUCUUGGAUCUUCAUGACACAUCUGUCAAGAAGCUGCCAAGGUCCAUCUGUGAGUUGAAGUAUCUCACGUAUCUUGAUCUCUCUUACAAUAUGUGGCUCAAUAGGCUUCCUGACUCCAUUAUGGAAUUGCAAAAUUUGCAAACACUUAAUCUUGAUGGUUGUUGUUACCUCAAAGAAUUACCAAGGGGUAUAAGGAAAUUAGUUAGCCUUCAAUUUCUAGGCAUAAAAGACUGUAAAGAACUUAGUUAUGUUCCUUGUGGACUAGGGCAAUUGAGUUCUCUGCAUAGGCUGAACUGCUUCAUUUUGCCCAAAGACAAAGCUUGUGCUAAGAAUUAUGGCAAACUUGAGGAGCUAUAUGGGCUUAAUAACAUCCGGGGAAGUCUUUACAUUGAAAAUUUGGGACAUGUAACUGAUACAAUAGAAGAAUACAAGGCUGCAAACUUGACAGGGAAGCAGUCUUUGGAAUCUUUGGAACUUGAAUGGGGUGGUUUCAAUAUUUAUGAUGUAGUAAUUGGGGAAAUGGACUAG